AUGCAGAGGACAGAGCCGAAGGAUAGCCGCGAGGUGAUAGGAUCUCGUGCGAAUCGACAAGAUGGACAUCAGAUGGGUGUACGACAAGUCCAACGCCUCCACGUUCCGUGUUGGAACCUUUUCACCACGAAUGAUGAGUGUGCCAUCACUCAGCUGCCUCGCGUCCGUCUUCCUGGACUUUGUUUUCAGCAAGGCGAUUACGUGGUAGUUGAUGCCCCUGCAGCUUCAAAAAGGGCGUGA